UUGUCAGUAGUACAAACAAACUAGGAUCCUCCACUCUGCCACCCACCACCACCACCAUGUUUCACUCCUCACACUCUAACAAACCAAAACCAUUACAACAAAUCUGACUCCACCACCACCAUUCUCACCACAUCCACUCCACUCCAAUGGCCGCAGCCUUAGAGUGCUGGUCCGGCCGCACAACCACCACCACCACCACCGAUGACGACACGGUGGAGCAGGUCCUCAUGAGAACCCACCAUAGAUCCGAAUCCCUCCCUUCUUCUUCCAAAGACUCCUCCACCUCCACCCCUGUUCACAAGAAGUUGCAGAAGCUGAGCCGCAACCUCUCUGAAGCCAUCAUCACCUCCUUCAAAAACUCCCUCAACCUCAACAACAACCCCACUGAACCUUCUCCCAAGAAGCUCGCUUGGGCCACCGUUCUCCGCAACCUCACCCACCUCUACCCCGGAACCCAGCUCCCUGAUAAUCUCCUCUCCAACAUUCGCAACCAUUACCAUUCUCUCCCUCUCAGCUAUGCACAGGCUGGAUUUGAUAUGAAGGAUGUGUUUCUUCACGUGAAGUUGAUGGAGCAGGCAUUGGAAAGUGACCAGCCAGUGAUUUUGAUUCAACAAGAAGAGGGGGAUGAUGAUGAUGACGGUGGUGGUGGUGGUGGUGGUGAAAUUCAGGGUCAGGGUGGGUCUGCAUUUAAGCUCACAUUUGCUUGUAACUCUCCGAUUUCUUGGCCUGCAAUGUCGGGUGUGUUGGAAAGUUUUUUCAUUUGCUGCAAGAGGAUGCAGAUCUUUGAGAAGAAAGGUUUCACAUUGGGGGUUGUUCUUCUUGUUGUUCGGUCUGGGAAUGAUAAAUUGGUCAGGAACCGGGUUGAGAAUGCUUUGAAGUUUGCUGUGAAGAAGCCCAGAACCGGUUCUGUGAAUGUGAAGCUUCCUUUUGGACUUUGCGGGUGCCAGGAAGAUAAUUUCACAGGGAGAGAGCUAUGGGAGAUUGAGGACAGUGGUGGUGGUGCAUGCCGAGGAAAGGAGCUCGAGAAUUCGAACCAAAAGAUUAAGCUUCAGGUCCCCUUGCCUACUUCAUCUUUCAUUGUAUCAGUGGAUGAAUGGCAGACAAUAAAGUCUGGUGGGGAUGAGAUUGAGAAAUGGUUGUUGGAUUCUGAUAGUGUUGAGUUUACUGAACAGGUUGGACCCAAUUCUUAUAAGGGGGUCUAUAUGGGGAAAAGGUUUGGAAUUGAGAAGCUGAAAGGGUGUGAGAAAGGUAAUGCUUAUGAGUUUGAGCUCCACAAAGAUCUGCUGGAACUGAUGACUUGUGGGCAUAGAAACAUUCUGCAGUUCUAUGGUAUUUGUGUGGAUGAUAAUCAUGGGUUAUGUGUGGUGACUAAGUUCAUGGAAGGUGGGUCUGUUCAUGACUUAUUGUUGAAGAAUAAGAAGCUUCAGACUAAGGAUAUUUUGAGAAUUGCAGUUGAUGUUGCUGAGGGGUUCAAGUUUCUGAAUGACCAUGGUGUUGCAUACAGAGACCUUAAUACGCAGAGGAUUCUAUUGGAUAGGCAUGGGAAUGCUUGCUUGGGAAAUAUGGGAAUCGUCACUGCCUGCAAGAAUGCUGGAGAAGCCAUGGAGUAUGAAACUGAUGGUUAUAGGUGGCUAGCUCCUGAGAUAAUUGCAGGAGAUCCAGAGAGUGUCACAGAGACAUGGAUGAGCAACGUUUACAGUUUUGGAAUGGUAAUUUGGGAGAUGGUAACUGGUGAGGCAGCAUAUUCUGCAUUUUCACCUGUGCAAGCAGCAGUGGGAAUUGCUGCUUGUGGCCUUAGACCUGAAAUUCCCAAGGACUGCCAACAAAAUCUAAAAUAUAUCAUGACAAAGUGCUGGAACAACACCCCUUCAAAACGUCCUCAGUUCUCUGAAAUUUUAGCCAUAUUGCUCCAACCAAACAACAACUAUAGGUGAAGUUCUAUGUAUUUAGCAAAUGCCUUUGUGGAACCUAAUCUGUUGAUAAUAGAAAAUUGUAUAGUUUAUGGAUAAGCAUGAAUGUCCUUGCUUAUAAAUAUAGCAGUAAUGAAGAUGUAAAUAUAAUCUUGUAUCAUCUCUUAAUGGCAUCAUGAAAAACCCUAGCAGGGUGGCUGUUGCCUAUAA